AUGGGUGAACAAUUUGGCAUGCCCGGUGGGACUUCUCAAUAUACAUAUUCUCACAGAAUUCCUCUCAAGUUUAUGAAUAUUAUAAGCUCUAGCCAGAACCCACACCACGCCAUGGAGAUAAACCAGGUGGCUCUCAGGGAAGGACUGGAGUCAGAGGAAAGUGAUGUCAGGCACUCAGCACAGGGAGUAGAAGGUCCAGGACUGGCUCCAGAAGGAUGA